CCCGACCGUCAAAGCCACAUAGUAGCAACCUUCCCGAAGGAAAGCGGGUACGGAAGAUACAGGAAUAUGACGCCGCACCGUUACAAAAGCUCUACUCCCAUCCUCCGCAACGAAUCAAUACCGCAAGGCAGACUCAGUCGCAAAAGAUAUAACGAGAGC